CGUCCUUCCCCUGGUGCCCGGCGAGCAGGGGACGGUCCCCGCGGCACCCGCGUCCCGCCCGGGGUGGAUGCGUCUCCUGCGGGGGAGGGCUCCCCAGGGAAGUUCGCAGCCAGGAGCAGCCGCGCAGGGGCUGAGGCUCCGGGGCAGAGCCCGGGGGACCCGUGCGGACCCCGCUGAGUGCGGCCAUGGCCGACAGCCAGAUGCCCUUCUCCUGCCAUUACCCCGGCCGGCGCAGCGUCCGCGACCCGUUCCGGGAGCCCGGCCUGACCUCGCGCCUGCUGGACGAUGACUUCGGGAUGUCGCCCUUCCCCGGGGACCUCACCGCGGACUGGCCCGACUGGGCUCGGCCCCGGCUCACCACGACCUGGCCGGGCCCCCUGCGCUCGGGCAUGGCCCGCGCCUGCACCAUGGCCCCCAGCUACGGAGCCCACUUCGGGGGGUACCCCGAGAGCCGCAGCCCCGCGCCCUUUCCCCGCGAGCCGUGGAAGGUGUGCGUGAACGUGCACAGCUUCAAACCCGAGGAGCUCACGGUCAAAACCAAGGAUGGCUACGUCGAGGUGUCAGGCAAGCACGAGGAGCAGCAGGUGGAAGGAGGGAUCGUCUCCAAGAACUUCACCAAGAAAAUCCAGCUGCCCUACGAGGUGGACCCCAUCACGGUCUUCGCCUCCUUGUCGCCGGAGGGGCUGCUGAUCAUCGAGGCGCCCCAGAUCCCCCCCUACCAGCAGCACGGCGAGGGCGGCUGCGGCAGCGAGAUCCCCGUCGAGAGCCAGGAGGCCACGUGUGCCUGAGCAGCCUCCCGCAUCCCUGCAUCCCUCCUCCCCUCUCCCCUUUCCCCCCAGAACCCCGCUCCCUGGUCCCCUGCGGCGCGGCGUCUGGACUGCCUCUGGCUCAAGGGUGAUGGCAGCAACCCCCGCCACCCCGGGGGGGACCAGCUGAGAGCCAGGGUGCACACAGGGUGCCAGGCCACCGUCCCCGAGGGCUUGUAGUGGUCUGAGGAGCCGGUAGAGGCGUUGUGCCUAUGGGGCUGAGCAGAACGGAUUCCUGCUCACGGUUGGGUUUUGCUCCAAGUCGCCCGGAUGGGCUAUUUAUGACGGUAGCACAAAAAGGGCCCUUUUUGUUUCUCUAGAAUUGAUGUGGAUUCCCACAGUCCUGCGUCCUUCCCUCCUCUGUAGGUUUUGGGGUUUGUUUUUAUAAACUAUCUCUGCAAAGGAUGCGCAUCCGGCAGCGGAGCUGGAUGGCCCGGCCUCUGUCCCGAGGAGCGCCACCCGUCUGCGUGUUCUGAACGUUGGUUUGGGGUUUUCCGUGUUCUGGUCCGGUUUUUUU